GAAAGAUCUCUCUUUUACACAUGCUUUCGUCAUCUUCCUUCUCCGGCAACAGUUUCUCUCUGUCUAAAUUCCGACAUCCUCCUUCUCUUUUAUCCAAUCCCUGACCUAAUCUCAAUUCAAUGGAUUGAAUAACUGCAAUUUCUCUCCCCCUCCCCUCCUUAAAGUCGCAGACUUUUGUUGAGUUUCGGAUUGUUUCUCCAUAGUACCGAUCGAAAGUUAGGAUCUUUUAGGGUUUUGGAAGAUCUGUCAGUGUUCUUAGAGCUGUAAUGAAUAGACAAUGUAGGAUUUGGUUGCCUAAGCUUCUCUCAUCAUCUGAUGAUUCCACUACUCACAACAGUCUCUUGUUUGGAUGGUUCGUGUCUCAUCACUCCUCUUCUUGUCUCGACGUUGUUGUCGCCUUCAUCACUGAUGAAACAUCCUUGUCCGGAUCUAGUCUCCAAGAAGUACUCAAUGAAACUAAUGAGAAGAUGCCUUUGUCUUUACGGAAUAAAGCAGCCUUUACGCUUCUUGGUCGUUAUGAUACAUGUCUUGGUGCUAACGGAAACGCACUCAAGAAUGUAACAGAUGAAGAUUUGUACAGUAAGGUCGAAUCUAAUGAUGGCUUAUUAGAGGAUUUGAGGAAAGAUUCUGUGAGCAGUUACUGGAUUCAUAUGGUGAAUGAUUCUUCUUCGGAGCAUGGGAUUAGAAUGCAUCAUAUACAUUGGAAUGGCGAUAUUGUAUCUCAAUGUGAUGUACACGUUAUAGUCUAUGAAACUCCAGUUUUUGGUUCUCACCAUUUCUCGUUAAGCUUUUGGAAUGCUUCUCCUCAGAUUAAAGCUCCUCUUAAGAAACCAAAUUGGGUUGGUGAUCUUCACAAGAGGCAGCCUCUGAUUGAAAUGGAAACUGUGAUUCUUUCCAUGAAUUGCGCCGCAUCUGCUGAGUUAACCUAUAAGAAGCUAUCCACGUAUCUGGAGACUUCUUCUCGGAAGUUUUCAGUUAGUUACCUGAUGUCUACUUGUGUAUGGUGGUUACUCGCCACGCUUAUAAGCUCUUUAUCAAGUCUAUAUUACAGCCUUAUCAAGCUCUUCAAUGUACUUUCAAGUUUUUCAAUCUUCUCAUGGGUGCGUAUAGCAUCAAGGAGGUUACUCAAGAAUACAUGGAUCAACUUUAGAAUACGCAGUUGUCAGAUCUUAUAUUGGCCAAUCUUCCUUCAAGAGAAUGACACUAGGUCCAUAUCCUGUGUGGAAGAUGCAGAGAAAGCUGCACGGCAUAGACAUUCUACUUGGUCAGCCAUGGCUGUUGAUCUUGUUUUAGGGAACAUGAUUGGUCUAGCUCUAAUGUCUAACACCGGAGAUGUCUGCUCGUGGUUAUUCCACUUUACAAAGGAAUUUACCAACGAUAUUUUAAGAUCUGGUUGUGUGUGGUUGAUGGGAGUCCCAGCAGGGUUUAAGCUAAACACAGAGUUGGCUGGAGUUUUAGGCAUGGUGUCUCUUAAUGUAAUCCAGAUAUGGUCUACUCUCUGGAUCUUCAUAGCUUCUUUCAUAUUUUAUUUGAUAAAAGCAAUCGCCGUCAUGGGAAUCACCUUUGGUGCAACAGUGUCUGCUGCAUUUGUCAUAGAUGUCAUCACUUUUGCAACACUUCAUAUCACUGCUCUUCACUGGGCAAUCACACUUGUUUAUUCUCACCAAAUUCAAGCUUUAGCAGCUUUGUGGAGGCUUUUCAGAGGAAGAAAAAUGAAUCCUCUACGUCAAAGGCUGGACAGCUAUGGUUACACUGUGAAGCAACAUGUAGUGGGAUCUCUUCUGUUCACUCCUCUUCUGCUUCUCUUGCCAACAACUUCUGUUUUCUACAUCUUUUUCACCAUUACAAGCACUACAAUCAACUCCAUUUGUAUGUUUAUUGAGUUCGCCAUCUCUAUCAUCCAUGCAACACCGUAUGCAGAGAUUAUGAUCUGGCUUGUCAGGCGUCGAAGAUUCCCUUCUGGUGUUUGGUUUGAAAUUGAAAACUAUAGAAAGAAUAUCCACAACUCAUCCAGUGAUCCUCUAAUGGUUUCCAAUCUCCGCAGCAACUUUUUAAGCAUAGGACAGAUUCUUUUGCCUCAUUAUACAACAAUGUUUUCAGGAAUAUCAGCUUCUUCUCUGACUACAUCAGCUCGCGGAGUCCUCAGUGGGAAUAGAAUGCCAUCGAAACUGGGGCUUGAUCUCCCUCCUCCAAGGCCAUGGAUGCACUUGCCGUUGAGACAGUACUGGAUCCUUUGCCACGGUUCCAUCAUCUCAUCCUCAGAAAAAGGUUCUAACCAUGAUUUGUCUCAUAGGAGUGGUCAGACUUCUUAG